AACGAGAAGAGCGGCCAAACCCGCCAAAUACUCGAACUUCGACUACGACGAAGACAGCAGCGUACGACGGCGACCAAGACGCAUCUGGAGCCUGCUGGCCGUGGUGUAAGGUUGGCGAGAGGACGGUCGGCUUGACAUCGCCAACGGCGUCGACUCUGCGAAAGGCAGCCGCACAGCAGUCAAACCUCGUAGACAUCCGGCCUCAGCCGGCUCGCGCCGCAAGCCAUGGACCCCAACCGGACGGAACCCCAACCGCCGGGCGGCGGAGCCCAUUACAACGAGGAGUGGGCUCAUGGCCUGACGGUGCAGUUCGAACAACUACUGCGGACAAAGCGAUUAAAUGAACUCCAGACGCGGUCGCGCCAAGGAUCACCUGCGCCCAGGCACGCCGCGUCGUCGCUCAACCUGCGAGCCGGUUCUGCGCCCGUGUCUGACAGGCCGACAACAUCCCACGAUUCCCAAGCGCCGCCUUCGUAUUCGGUUGCCCGCAACCUUCCCAAAAUCCCAACGCCCCCCGCGCCCGACGACCGCGAGUCCACCAGGUUCAGGAACCUCCUCAUCUCGCUGUCAGCCACCCCGACCAUGUACGAGAACCCGGGCCUGCUCGACGAAGCCCUGCAGGUGAUUCCGCUGGACAGGAUAUACAGCGAGGCCGAGGAGGAGAGCCAAGUGCUUCAAGCCCAAGCAGAGAGCAUGGGCGAUGGGCGCCGGCCGGAAUGGGGCUAUCAAGACUGCGUCAUCCGCGCGUUGCUCAGGUGGUUCAAAAGAUCCUUCUUCACAUGGGUCAACAAUCCCCAGUGCCAGAUAUGCUUCUCGCCGACCAUCGCGCAGGGCAUGACGCAGCCGACGCCCGAAGACAAGGCGUACGGCGCGCUGCGUGUGGAACUCUACCGGUGCUCCAACGCGAGCUGUAGAGCAUACGAGCGCUUCCCCCGGUACAGCGAUGUGUGGCGGCUCCUACAAACACGGCGCGGACGGUGCGGCGAGUGGGCAAACUGCUUCAGCAUGCUCUGCCGGGCGGUCGGCAGCCGCGUGCGUUGGGUGUGGAAUGCCGAAGACCACGUGUGGACCGAGGUCUACUCGGAGCACAACAAGCGGUGGAUCCACGUUGACGCCUGCGAAGAGGCCUUCGACAAUCCCAGGUUGUACACCGAGGGCUGGGGCAAGAAGAUGUCGUACUGCAUCGCAUUCUCGAUCGACGGCGCGACCGACGUAACCAGGCGUUACGUGCGCAAGAUGGAGUACUACAACGAGCGCAACCGUUGCCCAGAAGAGGUCUUGUUAUACAUCAUGCAGGAGAUCAAGCACCUGCGCCGGGCCAACAUGGACAAGGAAGCCCGCUUCCGUCUGGAGAAGGAAGAUUCGAAAGAGGACCAUGAGCUGCGCAGCUACGUCGUCGCCUCACUUGCCGAUUCUGUGACGCAGCUCGUGCCGGCAGCCGACGGCGGUAUUGGGGGCAGUGCUGGCAGACGGGGGGCAUCUUCGUCCGGCGACGAUACCAAGGUCCCCGUGACUUCCGACCUGCCUGGCCGACAGAGUGGCAGUGCGGAGUGGGUGGCUGCCCGCGGAGAGAACGGCAUGCGAAGUCACACGUUCCUGCCUCCUGGUCAGGGCCCGCCUUUCCCCUGAGCUCGAGAUGCAGUCUUUGGCACAUCGGGUUCGGUUCGCCCGACAACCGGGGUCGUCAGUUCGCUAGUAGCAGCUUGCGAGGCCAACCUUGCCAUCACCGUGUC